AUGGCUUUGAGGCGACGCCGCCAAUCCAUUUCCGAUGAUACAAUUACUGAAAGACCUGCUAAGCGUUCGAAGCGUAUCGCAUCCAAGGCGGAACCGGCGCAUGAAGACGAGGACCUAGACGAAAUUCUGGCACAGAUUCGAGAACAAGAGGCGAGUGAGGCGCUUGCGCGGCAGCUUCAGGAAGAGUGGGGAAACGAAGGUACAGCAGGUACAGCAGGCGCCUCCGCUUCAGGCACGUCUGGUGUUUUAUACAAACCAGACGACCACGACGAUGUGAUCGAUAUUGGAGAUGACGAAGGUAGUGAAGGUGAAGCGCUCGCGAUUCAACGCUCCCUCGAAGACUCCCGGAAGACACAGAGUGGCGUUGUCAAGAGAGCAACGAGAUCAUCGACGCGAAAUAUUCGUGCCAUUGCCUUGUUCGAAGCAUUAGGAGGCUUUGACAGACUCUAUAUCGGCGAGCGAGCAAACUCAGAUGCGCGGGCGAAAGAUACUGCUACCAAAGCUUCUGCGAAUGCCGGCGCUUCCGUGGGACCAGGCGGGACAGGAUAUGGGACCGGAGGAACUCACCAUCAACACUACGGACCUGGUCAAUAUCCAAACGCGCGCGGGAAAAAGAGCGUAAACCUUCACUCUACAGACACGCGGGGUCAACAAGCCCAAAAUAUGGCCGCCCACUGGGACGAUGUAGUCGUCCGUGCUUUGACCACCAUCAAAGACUUCCUUCCUGAUCCCUAUUCCGAUUCUGGAAAAAUGUAUGACAUACUCCCGCAUGCAUGCAUCCAACACAUUUUGCCCCUCUCGCAACUCCCAGAACUCCUGGGCAGCCUCCUGCGCAAUGACUCCGUUUCGGACUGGAUUCUCCGCAGCGAAGUCUAUUAUGCCAUGCUGGCUCUUCUCCGGCGCAUGGCGGACUGCGAGCUUACCGUCGAAAUUCUCAUCGAGCAGCAAUGGGAUAAAGACAAGUCUUGCGGCCUCGAGGGGUGGAUGUGGAAUGAUGGAGAAGUCGUCUGGGAAAGACCCAAGCCCAAUGCGCCCAUUUCGCGAUCUCAGCCGCUAUACGCCCAUUUCAAGAAGCUCACGAAGCAGUGCGAGGCGUUUCUGGCAGGCGCUUCACAGCUCAUGCAAGUUCAAGGCGGCGAUGAAGAAGUCGAUGACAUCACGAUCCGAGCGAGUUCCUUAUGCGGCGAUAUUAUUGCAGCGCGGGAUGACAUAGAACGGGCCAUGAAAGUCAUGGGCAAAGAUAUCUCUGUUGAUGCCGAAGAGAAGCAAGUCGAUCAGGCCAACGGUGCGGGGAAGGGAAAAGGGAAGAAUCGAGAUUUCGCAGUGGAUAUGGAAAGAGUGUACACCCGCGAAUGCGAGCACUUGGCGUUCAAACAUGUCGCGCUCUCAGAAACUAGCAGCAACGGGACCGGCCUCACCUAUCCAACAUUUUCCUAUACCAAUGAAUUGACGAUGACAGCCUCCGCAACCAGAAACCCGAAGUGUAGGCUGCACCUUGUCAAAGAGCUAGCGGUGACGGCAACUUCACUACCUCCCGGUGUAUGGGUCCGUGUCGAUGAAGUGCGGAACGACGUAAUCAAAAUCAUGAUCGCGGGACCGACCGGGACGCCGUACGAGGGUGGUCUUUUUGAGUUCGACUGCUUUAUACCUUUGGAGUACCCCAAUGUGCCACCACUCAUGCAUCUCCGCACGACGGGCGGCGGGAGCGUGCGCUUCAAUCCCAAUCUGUACAAUUCAGGCAAAGUCUGUCUGUCAUUGCUGGGUACUUGGCCAGGCCGGCCUGAGGAACAAUGGUCGAAUAAGUCGACCCUGUUGCAGGUCCUCGUCAGCAUUCAAAGCAUGAUCCUGAUCGACCUGCCCUAUUUCAACGAACCCGGAUAUGGCACUGCCAAUGCCAGCAAUCACAGUAGUAUAGCGUAUAAUAAGAACAUCUAUUUGCAGACCGUUCGCUGGGCAGUCGUCGAUUGGAUGAAAGACGAACACAAGAACGGGAUUUGGGCUGACGUGAUUGCGUCCCAUUUCACCAUUCGCAAAGAUGCAAUACGGAAGACAAUUGAAAAAUGGGCCAAGACACAGCCCCUUAUUCGUGCUUACAGCGACCACAAAAAUGCAUAUCAAUCAAACUUUACUGGUGGAUGGGUGCCCGGGAUAGAUACCGCCGACUAUGGAUAUGCGAUGGGAGCCGCACCUACGCACAGCCAAAAGGCAGUGGCGACACCAAACUCGACCAGGAACCUGCUAGAGGAGUUUGAUUCCGGAAUCAAGCUGCUCGAGGACUGGUCAAGAGGCAAGAGCUCGGGGCCGGUAUGACAGGUUCCGAUCCAUUACAUUCCUUGUUGGAUCGGACAACUUAUGAUGAGUGUUGACCAUGGACGCCCGGCGAGCCUGUCAAUAUCGACAUUCCAAUGAUACACUACGGAUUGCUAGUUUGAUACUAGGAAUAGCCUGUUAUAGUUUGAUUAUGCCCUUUAUAAUUCUCGAAUACAAAUGGGCCGGAAC